AUUGCCCGUGUAGAGCAAGAAAAUGGCGUAAAAGUCGAAAAAUCGUUUUAGAAAAUUUUAGAUAACUCAACAAACAAACAAUUGUGAAGUGAAAACUAUAGUACCAAAUAACAUGUUUCCCGGUGGCAAUACCAACGCCAAUCUAGGCUACAAUAAACACAAUCAAUAUAUGGCGCAACCACCUCAUUAUCUGACAACUCCAAAUCCAGGGGCUGUUCCGGUUCCUGGAGUUGGAAAUACACUAAGAUCUGCGGCGCCCGUCAUGCCACUUAACAUGCAGGGCUGCAUCGAUUGGGCGCAGUUGGCACAGCAAUGGAUUCACAUGCGGGACUCGACGCCAGCAGCGCCUCUUGCUAAUUUUAGCAUGAACAUGCCAAUUGCGCCUCCUCCGCCGAUUAUUAGCAAUGCACCAGAAUACCAACAAAAUCGCCCAGAACUACGACAGCAACCACCCAAAAUUCAACCGAUUUACGAGGAGCACGGCGAGGCGGAAAUGGAUAUGGAUAUGGAUGAAGAGGAAAAUGAAAAUAUUGAACGAGCAAAUCAUGAUAAUAAAACGGUGCCCCCUCCACCCAUUGCUACGCUAUCCCAAUGGACAGAAAGCAGCGCCACCGAUGCCUCUAUUACAGUUGCACCCAGCGAUGCGGCCGGCUCUGUCAGUCAACCGUGGAUCAAUUGGCAAUCGCGUUCCAAUCCCACAGCACAUAUUCCAUCGCUAUUGAAGCUGAACGUUUGCAAUCCCAAUGAAACACAGCAUCUACUGCAGCCAAUACAGCAACCGCAACUACAGCAGAACAAUAACAGCGCUGUUAAUGUGGCCAGCAGUGAAAUUGAUGCAAAUAAACGUAAAAUGUUGCCAGCUUGGAUACGGGAAGGCCUAGAGAAGAUGGAGCGCGAAAAGCAACGUCAGCUGGAGCGUCAACAGCCUACAACACCGGAAAAUGAGUUGUCAGCUAUCAAUGUUAAGCAAGUAUCAAGCAAAUCACUAACAACACCUGUUAAUCUCUUGAACAUUUCGAAUGUGGCAAGCGACAGCGAAGAUUCAAUUGCUGCUCCUGACGCUGAGGAGGCAAUUCAUGCGACCAGCAUGGCUCAGCUAAUAGGUAAUGAUGUAUUAAGUAAGACCAUUGGCAGUGAUGACGAACAGGAUAACGUGGAGGAUAAACAUCAAGAGGAAUCGCACAAUCCAGGUGCAGUUGAUCGACACAAAUCUACAGUUGCAAGGGCAGCCAAUGCUGAAGCUGCAUUAAGUGGUAAAAACUACGAAGAAAGACUUGCAGAUUUGAUGCUUGUUGUGCGUCGCACACUAACCGAAAUACUGCUGGAAACCACCAAUGAAGAGAUUGCAGCUAUUGCUACUGAAACACUCAAAGCGCAUCGCGCUAAAGCGUCAUCAGCCCAAGUGAUUCGCAAAAGCGCCUUGUCCUCCAUUACCGGCAACUUGGGUUUAGCUGCCUAUGGCGAUUCUUCAAGCGAGAGCGAAGAGGAUGACAAUCCCGAUGACAUCGAUGGUAGUCAAGUCGAACCAAAUGUUGACUCAACUGCCAAGGAAACGGAAAAAAGCACUGAGCUUACCGCGGACGAACUUAAGGCACGCAUACGCAAAAGCAAGCGCGCCUUUGAGAAGGUCAUUGAUGACAUUGAGGAGCGUGUGUCGCUGCAGGAACAGAUGGAUGAGCAAAAGUUGCAGCACCAUCGCAAGCUCGAGCUGGAGCAAACUAAGGCUGCCAAUGAGCAACGACGUCCAAACUCUGGCGUUGAGUCACCUGUCGAUGAAAUCGCAACAGCAACGACGUCAGCUAGUUCACAUGAAAAGUCGCAGCAGUUUAAUGGUAAGCGCCUCAGUCGCAAAGAAAGAACUACGCGCUUCAGCGACAACAAGGACGGCAAACAGUCUCAGAGCUAUGUUAGCCAAGUGGCUGCAGUUGCUGCUGCGCAGAGCAACGUGAUGCCUCAGAAGCUAAAGCCUGUGCCUAAUCCAGCUACCAAUUUACUGCAAAUGCCCGAAUCCAUGGCAAGCAUGUUAAACGCUGCAGAUAAGGCACUGGACAAAGCACAGAAAACAUCAAAAAAGGCCAAGACCAGACGUCGACAGUCAUCCUCAACAUCUUCCUCCAGCAGUGGUGAUAGCAGCAGUAGUAGCUCAAGCAGCGACAGCAACUCCAGCUCCAACAGUUCCAAGUCCUCCACUAAUACCAAUGGCAGUAGUACACGUAGCAGUCUCGCUGCCAAAAAAGGCAGCAGCUCCUCCAGCCAUCGUCGGAGCAGAGGCAGCAGCAGUCGCAAGCAGCGAAGCGAGACAAGUCGCGAAAGGCAUCGCAAGGGUCACAGCAGCAGUAGACACUCUUAUAAUCGUCAUCACAGCAGUCGCGAACGUGAACGUGAUCGGGACCGAGAACGAGAUCGAGAUCGCGAUCGACAUCCCCCUCAUUAUAGCAGUCAGCAUAAUCAACGAAAACGUCGCCAUAAUCAGCGAGAUUCUAGUUACUCUGGAGAUGAGAAUGGCAGAGACUAUAGACGCAGCUCUCGGCACAGCAGCAGCCGCAGCCAUCAGAGCAGCAGCUAUGGCAAACAUCGGGAAAGAACUCGAUCCCGCUCCAAUUCACGCAGCACACACAACUCCUAUUCGUCCACAUCCACGACACAUCAGCAGCGCAAGCGGCAUUGAAAUUAUUAUAUUUACAUAGUCUUUUGUUUGAUAAUAAUGAUAAUACGCAUUAAUGCUGAGUAAAAAAUAUACAAAUACUCUUAUUUCAAAUAUCUA